UUGGGAAAACGUCUCGCAUCAAGUAUCAUUACAAUUAUUAAACCUGAAUUAUGCCUAGCAAAUUAAAGGGGAAGUCACUGAACCAGAAUCAGAUUGGCAUCGCAGCUGAAGUCAUUACAGUAAAACUGGAGUGUAAGGAGGAAAGUUCCUCAGAUCUGUAUAACUCCCGCUAGCUGUGGAGAGCACGGAGGUCUUCCAUGGAGAUGGAGGUGGUGGAGAACGCCAGAGCGGCUUUCCUGUCUGGGAGGUCGCGACCCCUGCAGUUCAGAGUUCAGCAGCUGCAAGCCCUGCGCAGACUGAUUGCAGAGAAAGAGACAGAGAUCGCAGCUGCACUCAAGAAAGACAUUAACAAGAGCGAGUUUGACCUGCAGCUGUUUGAGCUGAUUGGAAUAGACACGGAGAUCCGGCUGGCCAUUGACAGGCUGGCAGAGUGGGCGGCACCCCGGCCGGCGGAGAAGAACCUGCUCACCCUCUCGGACCAGGUAUUUAUCCAGCCGGAGGCCCUGGGAGUGGUGCUCAUCAUCGGGGCCUGGAACUACCCCUGGGCCGUCACCAUCCAGCCCCUCAUAGGGGCCAUCGCUGCAGGAAACGCAGCUGUGGUGAAGCCCUCAGAGUUGAGUGAGAACUCCUCCAAGCUUCUGAAGGAGCUGCUCCCUCAGUAUCUGGACCAGGAGAUGUACCCGGUGGUGACAGGGGGCGUCCCAGAGACACAGGAGCUGCUGAGGCAACGCUUUGACCACAUCUUCUACACGGGGAACAGCACCGUGGGAAAACUGGUGAUGGAGGCGGCUUCACGCCACCUCACCCCUGUCACCCUGGAGCUGGGGGGCAAGAGCCCCUGCUACAUCGACAAGGACUGCGACCUGUCCAUCGCCUGCCGCCGGAUCACCUGGGGCAAGUUCACAAACUGCGGCCAGACCUGCAUCGCCCCCGACUACAUCCUGUGUGAACCCAGCAUCCAGGACCGAGUGAUUGAGGAGAUCCGACACACAUUGAUGGAGUUCUAUGGUGAUGACCCCAAGACCUCUCCCGACUAUGGACGCAUCAUCAACAAGCGCCACUUCUCGAGGGUGAUAGGCCUGCUGGAGGGGACUGCAGUGGCCCUGGGGGGAGAGAGUGAUGAGUCACAGUGCUACAUUGCUCCCACAGUUCUGAGGGAUGUGAAGCCAGAUGCCAAGGUGAUGCAGGAGGAGAUCUUUGGCCCCCUGUUGCCCAUAGUGACGGUGAGCGGGUUGGAGGAGGCCAUCCGCUUCAUCAAUGACCGAGAGAAGCCCCUGGCCCUCUACGUCUUCUCCUCCAAAAAGCAGGUGAUAAAGCGCAUGCUGGCGGAGACGUCGAGUGGAGGAGUGACGGCCAAUGACGUUCUGAUGCACUUCAGCGUACCCUCGCUCCCUUUUGGGGGGGUAGGGAACAGUGGGAUGGGCAGGUACCAUGGGAAGCACAGCUUUGACCAGCUGAGCCACCUGCGGGCCUGCCUAGUCAAACCCCUGGCCAUGGAAGGCCUGAACCAGGCACGCUACCCGCCCCAGUGCCCCGCCCGGCUGCGGCAGGCCAGAUUCUUUAUGCAGAAGGCCCCGUGCAGCUGCCCCCCUGCCACCUGCGUGUGGGCCACAUUGGCGUCCAUAUUGGCCCUGGGCCUGCUCAUAGCCCUGCUGGUGGUGCUGUUCAAGGUGAGGGGAGAAAACUGCGUACACUCACAUACACAUACUCACACACCACUCAUAGAUACUCACACAAUCUCAUUCAUAGUCUCACUCACAUUUCAUACUCACACGCUCAUACACAGACAACACACGCACAUUUCAUACUCACAUGACCCUGUAAAGUGA